GCGAACAGCAUUGAUCCUGAUCAGACUGCGCGGAUGGGCAGGCUGGUCUCGAUCCAUGCUGGUCGCAAACCCAUUAUGUUGGUUUUGUCGUGACACGGCUCAAUUGUUUGAAAAAAUUACUUGUGUUUUGUUUAGGUUUUAUUUCAAUUUAUUUCCAGGAAGAAAAUAAUAUAUAUGAAUUUUGUAAAAUGUAUAGAUUAUUGCUUGUUUAAAUAAUUUUCUUGUAUUUAUCAGUCUUUUCUUACCCAAGUUUGUUGAUAAAAAGUAUGUAUGACUAUUUUUCUUUUAAAAGAACAGUGCAACCUGUGGGAAAAGACCAUCUCUGUACUAGAAACUUUGGUAACUUGUAAUAAGUUAGGCCAGCCUUGACUAUCAUAUAUAGACAAAUUUACAAACUUCUUUUUCAGGACAAAUAGUGAGCAAAUAUCAAACUAAACCAGCUAUAGGAAAUUGAAAAUUGCCAUAUGAGUCUUACAGUGUUUAUGUAAAUUAAAACCCAUCAUAUAAUGGAAAAAUAAGAUUUAAACAUUCAUAAUUUGAUAAAAUAUUGUUGGUUUUUUUAAACAACAACCAGCAAAAAUAUAGCUUUUAUACUCAAAUUUAUCAGUAAAUUACAUAUCUUGAUGUCAUGAUGUACUAUGUAAUAGAAAGAGCAUCGAAACACGAGGCUAUCUGAUUUGUACAAGGGGGUGUAGCCCCCGAGUAUUAAUCAGAAUGCCGAGUGUUUUGAUGUUCUUUUUCUUUUGUAUCAUAGUCAAACAUAAAAACACGUUCCCUGUUGUCACAAUAUGAAACCCCGGGAAAAAGUAACCAAUGAACGAGCAUCUGAAUAUGAUAUUUCUGGCGCUUUCCCUUUCUCUGCCGUCAUAAUAAGUGAGCCCCAGCAAAAAUGAACCAAUCAAUGGACAUGCUCUGGAGUGCGGGUAACUAAUAUCUGCACUCCAGUUAACGCACUGUGAAUGUAUAUGUAUACGAUUUAACUUUGACACAUUUUCAACAGAAAGGUCCCCAAACUAUGAUACAAUAUAUGUAUAAUUGUAAAAACAAUUUGAAAUAGAUGAGGUUACCCAGUUUGUUCCCCCUCAAAAAAAAUGAUUUAAGCAUUCAUGUUUUAUUUGCAGGUAACAUACUGCCAUCUGGUUCCACCUGUUGUUUUAUUCUUGGCAAAACACCCUAUGGUGGAUGAUUUUAGUAUGAAAACUGUGAGAACCGUGAUCAGUGCAGCGGCACCUCUUGGCAUCGGAGUAACACAUGAGCUUGAGGAGCGUUUAAAGGUUCAUCUUCUUCAAGCAUAUGGUUUGACAGAGUGCAGUCCCUUGACACAUUACGAUGAGUACCCUCAUAAAAGAGGAACUAUAGGCACACUUGUUCCAAGCACCAAAGCCAAGAUUAUAGACCCCAUGUCUGGGGAAGUUUUGGACGUUGGUGAAACUGGGGAAAUUCUUAUCAAGGGACCACAAGUCAUGUUGGGAUACCUGAAAAACAAGGAGGCUACAGAUAAAACCAUUGAUAAAGAUGGCUGGCUAUAUACAGGUUCAGAAAGUUGAAUAAUUCUUGAUUGUUUUAUUUUUUCUGAACGUCGAGUUUGGGAAUUUAACAAGUAUAAAGGCUACCAGGUGGCCCCAGCUGAAUUAGAGGCCCUGUUGUGUACCCAUCCCUCUAUACAAGAUGCUGCUGUCGUAGGACUUCAAGCCGGGGAAGAUGUUGGCGAGGUGCCAAGAGCAUUCGUUGUGACCAAGCCUGGAGAAAAAUUAGAAGCAGAAGAUGUCACGUUAUUUGUUGAAAAAAAUGUUGCACCAUACAAAAAACUUAGAGGAGGAGUGGAAUUUAUUGACCAAAUUCCAAAAACUGCAAGCGGAAAAAUUUUACGAAGAUUUUUAAAGGAUAAGUAACUUUCUUUCAGAACAAAUGAAAUGUGAACAUUUUUUAUCCUUAACCUGCUGAAACCGGAAAUUGAUAAACCUUUGCCACCAGUCUACAGCUAGGCCAACAUAAAGUGAUAAAUUUUUAUCACCAGUCUACAUCUGUGAUAAAUCUUUGCCACCAGUUUACAGCUAGGCCAACAUAAAGUGAUAAACCUUUGACACCAGGCCAACAUGAAGUGAUAAAUUUUUACCACCAGUCUACAUCUGUGAUAAAUCUUUGCCACCAGUUUACAGCUAGGCCAACAGAAAGUGAUAAACCUUUGACACCAGUCCAACAUAAAGU